UCUCUCCCUCCUUCCAAUCUCUUCUCAACAUCUUCUCUCUCAAUCUCUCUCUCUCUCUAAGAUCUUCAUCGCUACUGUAACCUCAUCGUCGUCCUCGAUUUCUAUUCAAGGAGCUAAUCAUAGGCAACGAAUUCUAUUCAAGGAGCUCAUAAGGCAUUCGAUUCCGAGAAAAAUGAGAAGAAACUGCAACCUCGAACUUAGGCUUUCGCCUUCUUCUGAUUAUAACGCCGCCGCCGCUCAACAACUUCCGACGUCCGACCACUCUUCUCCGUCAACUCUCCUAACCAAAUCCACUAUUUCCGAGGACAUCCGGCAACAGCAGCAACUCACUAUUUUUUACGACGGCAAAAUCGUUUCUUGUGACGUCACGGAGAUUCAGGCUAGAGCCAUCAUAUUACUUGCGAGUCAAGAAAGAACGAAGAAGACCACAAGAACAGUUUCGUCGGAGCCAUCUUCGCCAUUGUUGCAGAAGCAACUAUACAGUCCAACUGCUCUUUCUAUGAAGAGAUCUCUGCAACGGUUUCUCCAGAAGAGAAAGAACAGAGUGGAAGCAACAUCUCCUUAUCAUCGUUGAUUUGUUUAAUUACUGAUUAAUUACCGUAUACUUUAAUCAGAUCGAGAUGUCCAACUCUAUAUCCAUUGUUAAUGAUGACCUUGAGCCUCUUUUUGAUGAGUUUUAUGAUGACCACAGCUGAGAAGUGAUUAAUGUUAAUUAUUCCUUGUAUUAUACAGUUUAAGAUUCAUGUUUUCUUAAUUCUUUCAAAUUUAUAUAUACUUGUCCCAGCUA